AUGACCCAUUUACAGGCUGGACUUAGUCCAGAGACUAUAGAGAAAGCCCGUCUGGAACUGAAUGAAAACCCAGACAUUUUGCAUCAGGAUAUUCAGCAAGUCAGGGACAUGAUCAUCACGAGGCCUGACAUCGGGUUUUUACGUACAGAUGAUGCCUUCAUCUUGAGAUUUCUCCGAGCCAGAAAGUUUCACCAAACUGAGGCCUUCAGACUGCUCGCUCAGUACUUCCAGUACCGCCAAUUAAAUCUGGAUAUGUUCAAAAACUUCAAGGCUGAUGAUCCAGGAAUCAAACGGGCUCUGACAGAUGGGUUCCCAGGAGUGCUGGAAAAUCGUGACCACUGUGGCAGGAAGAUUCUUCUGCUUUUUGCAGCCAACUGGGAUCAGAGUAGGAACUCCUUCAUAGAUAUCCUUCGGGCUAUCCUACUGUCCUUGGAAGUGCUUAUUGAAGAUCAGGAGCUUCAGAUAAAUGGCUUCAUUCUAAUUAUAGAUUGGAGCAACUUCUCCUUCAAGCAAGCCUCCAAGCUUACGCCAUCUAUCCUCAAACUGGCCAUUGAGGGGUUACAG